AUGAACCCCGAUGCGAGUUUGAUUACUGCGCUCGUAGAGCGGUGGCGACCCGAGACGUCGACCUUCCAUCUACCGUGUGGUGAGGUCACGAUCACGUUAGAGGACGUUGUUACACUGUCCGGUUUGGCGAUCGACGGUGAUGCCGUCGUAGUUGAUAUACCGGAUGAGGAGUGGUCGGCGAUCUGUUUGAGACUGUUAGGACGGGUUCCGGUUGAUCUUGUAGGCGGGGUCGCUGUUGUUAGGAUUGUUUGGCUGAGGGUUGAAUUCAGUCAUCUGCCGGAAGAUGCAUCACAGGAGGUUAUAGAGCAGUUUGCACGAGCUUAUGCUCUAUCUCUGAUUGGAGGUGUACUUUUCCCGGAUCGGUCUGGAUCUACGGUGCACCUACAGUAG